GUAAUUAUGCACUCAAAUUGCUCUUUUAUUUAGUCGCUCUUAGCAUGAACACCUAUCAACGUCUCUUUCGUGACGUGACACGCAACUGUCAACAAUGUAUCUGACUGAUAUGAUAAAAAUAAGGCUUGUCACGUUAUACAUCAGUUUCUUUCACAUUGGGAUCGUUAGAACCACGCUCAAAGAAGAUACUAACCAUUGGCGGGAAUUAGCUGACGGAGAAUUGGAGGAGGCUUUAUCGUACAAAUGGAAUGUGAAUACAGCGAAGAAUGUGAUCAUUUUCGUGGGCGAUGGCAUGAGUCCUGAUACAAUUACCGCUAGUAGAAUAUUUCGUGCUGGUGAGACCAGCCGUUUGUCUUGGGAGACUUUUCCUCAUAUAGGAAUUCUUAAGACGUACAAUACUGACAAGCAAGUACCAGAUUCAGCUUCGACAGCAACAGCUCUAUUCGGCGGAGUGAAGACUAAUUACAACGUAGUCGGUGUGGAUGUAAAUGUAGCAAUAAAUAAUUGCUCUGCAAGCUUAAAUGCUGACUACCACGUGGACUCUAUAAUCUCGUGGGCGCAGGCGGUUGGCAAAGACACAGGAUUCGUGACAACCACCAGGGUGACUCACGCGACUCCAGCACCUCUGUACGCGCACAGCGCGAACAGAAAAUGGGAGUGCGAGUCGAAAAUGCCGAAGACCGCCAAAAAGUGCAAAGACAUCGCCAGACAACUCGUGGAGGAUCAGCCAGGGAAAAAUAUUAAGGUAAUCAUGGGAGGAGGUAGACAAAUGUUGAAAUCCAAUGCUACAGGCACUGAUUUCGAUCCUAUAGACAAUUGGGCUGGCCAAAGAAACGAUGGUAGAGAUUUAAUAGAGGAAUGGAAGCGGGAUAAAACUGAUAGAAAUCUUCCCUUCGAGAUCGUUCAAAAUAACGAAGAAUUGUUACGCGUGGAUACUGAUAAAGUUGAUUAUUUGUUGGGUAUUUUUGCAAAUGGUCAUAUCAGUAUGGAUUGGAAUAGAGAAAAAGGUCCCAAAGGACAGCCAAGUCUUGAAGAGAUGACCGUGACUGCCUUGAAGAUCUUGCAAAAGUCGAAACAUGGCUAUCUUCUUAUGGUCGAGGGCGGGCUUAUUGAUUAUGCUCAUCAUCGUGGCUACGCUGCACAGGCGUUGCUAGAAACUGUUAGGUUCUCAGACGCAAUUAAUGCGACCUUGGGCAUGGUUGACACUCAAGACACUCUUAUUAUUGUGACCAGCGAUCAUACUCAUUCUAUGAGUUUUAAUGGCUACAGCAAUAGGGGCUCGCACAUUCUAGGUAUAGCUCAGAAGUCCAAACGCGAUGGAAUUCCAUAUACAACACUGACGUACAGCACAGGGGGGCCGAAUAACAUGGCGUACACGACGCUCAAGAAUGGUUCCAUCGUCAGGAUGGAUCCUUCCGAAGAAAAUACAACCGCGUAUACGUACAGUCAACAGGCAACUAUCAUAUCUGACGAAGCUUAUCACGGAGGCGGUGAUGUCGCUGUCUAUGCAAUAGGACCGUUUGCACAUUUGUUUCAUAGCGUGCACGAACAAAGUUACGUCGCCCGUGUGAUUGCACACGCUGCUGGUAUGCAGCCGAAAGCAUAUGGGAGCGCUGGAAAGCAAUACAAUAGUCUGGUUGACGUCUCCAUGUACAUUUGCUUCAUUCUCUUACUUUUACUUCAUUGACGAUAAGAAUAGAUUAAACCGCAAAUGCGUACAAUCUUAAAAGAAAAGAAAAGUACAACGUCUUACGUAAGAUGUAAUAUAUAUUUAAAAAAAAAAAAAAGAUCAAAGUUA